UUUAUUACUUGGAGCUUGUAUAAAGUUGUAUUCAUUGUUUUAAGUGUUUUUUCUUCUGAAUUGUUGUUAUAAAAGUCGUAUAAAUGUCUUCAUAUCUACAGAGAGAAAGAAUGUCUAUCAUAUCAAAAUUUAGAGUUAACCCUAUCUACUAUUCAGACUAUUCUGAUACUUUUGCCUAAGUUCCCCCAAAUAAACCCUAAUAAGGCUGUUAUAUAACUUACAUGAGACUGUAUAGUACUUAAAGUCAUGGAUAUCAUAUCUAAUUAUCCCGUUGUCAAAUCUUUUUUGGCUGGUUCCUUCUCCGGAACUUUUUCUACUGUACUAUUUCAACCCCUGGACUUGGUCAAAACUAGACUUCAAAACCCCACCCCAGCUCUAAUAAACGGUCGCAAUGGCACUCUCUCCAUGGUUGCCAUUUUCUCCAACAUCCUCCAACAAGAACAAUUGCGCGGUUUGUGGAGGGGCAUGGUCCCCUCAAUCACCAGAUGCGUACCCGGCGUGGGCCUCUAUUUUUGCUCUUUGGACUACCUAAAAUCCAAAUAUUUUUCCGAAAAAAACCCUUCCGCUCUGGAAUCCGUCGCCAUCGGCAUGGUUGCCAGAUGCAUGAGCGGCGCCGCCCUCAUACCCAUCACCGUAGUCAAAACAAGAUAUGAGAGUGGUGUAUACGGUUAUAAUGGCGUUAUUUCCGCACUGAAAGAAAUUUACCGCACUGAGGGGUUCAGAGGCAUGACUUGUGGGUUGGUGCCCACUUUGUUCAGAGAUGCCCCCUUUUCCGGGCUGUAUUUGAUGUUUUAUUCUCAGACCAAACAAAUGAUACCUGAAGAUUUGUUGAACUCGGCUUACGCCUCACCCAUACAUUUUACUUGCGGUGUUUCCUCCGGAAUUUUGGCUUCCAUAGUCACUCAGCCCGCUGAUGUACUGAAAACCAAAAUUCAGUUGUACCCGAAUAAAUUCAAUGGGAUUUGGAGUGUGGCCGUUUAUGUGCAUGGUAAAUACGGCGUACAGGGUUACUUUAAAGGUAUGGUGCCUAGAAUGUUGCGUCGCACUUUAAUGGCCGCCAUGGCUUGGACUUUGUACGAGCAAAUAUCAAAGUCAGUAGGGUUAAAAUAGUAUAUUAGAAUUUAUGAGCCUUUGGUUGAACACUUGGCUUAAAUUUUGGAAAUUAAUGGAAAUUAUGUGCCCUUGUGGUGUCUUCUUGGUGUUUUUUGCCAAAAUACUGUCCUUUGUACAAAAAGAUAUGUUAUAUUAGGUGUAAUGUAUAUACUUUUUUAUUAAGAAGGGAUAUAUUAAGAUGAUGAUAUCUGUUUUAUAAGAAACAGAGUAUUAUUUACAUGUGUAUAGAUUAUGUGAUGAUUUUUGAAAUGAAAUAUAUUUUAUUAUGUUGCCUA